UUAAUUAACGGUACCGAAAUGUCUGGACGUGGUAAGGGCAAGAAGAGGAGCAAGGGGAAGAGCCGAUCCUCCCGUGCAGGGCUUCAGUUCCCUGUCGGCCGUGUGCACCGUUUCAUGCGCAAGGGCAACUAUGCUGGACGUGUUGGCGCCGGUGCCCCAGUCUACAUGGCCGCCGUGCUGGAGUACCUGACCGCCGAAGUGCUUGAGUUAGCCGGCAACGCUGCUCGUGACAACAAGAAGACCAGAAUCAUCCCCCGUCACCUUCAGCUGGCCGUCCGUAACGACGAGGAGCUGAACAGGCUGAUGGGUGGUGUGACCAUCGCCCAGGGAGGUGUGCUGCCCAACAUCCACGCCGUGCUCCUGCCCAAGAAAAAGUAAUUUUCAAGACCUACGAACAAAUCCCGGCCCUUUUCAGGGCCACCCACAUCCCCUAAAAAGAGCUGCCUCAAAGUCACACGUUUAAAGUUUUAUGCACUUCAGGUAUACAAUAGCCUUGGACCUAUGUAAACAGAAUAAUAUAAACCCUCAUACAUCAUGAUUAUCCUGCCGCAGCAUGCCCCCUCCUCGCCGUGGUACUGAUGAGGCCUACCCAGGAAACUUACCAGGUUCAUGGAUUUGAAUGCACAUUUGUCCUUUAAUCUUUCGUUAUGAUGAAAAAUAUGAGCUCUUUUAUCAUAAUGCCGUGCUGACAUCUGCCUUGUACGAAUUUUAUCAUAUCCAUUUAUUACGCCAUUGUACCUAAUAUUUGCACGGUAAGACUACAUGUCCUGAGGUUCAACUGGGCGUGGUGCCGCCCAUCGCCAUGGUGAAGUUCAAAGGUCCCUACGUGACGCAGUAGAAAAACACAGGUGAAAAACAAACCGGGGCUUUUUUUUUUACAUGGGCAAAACACGGGUUUUACUGCUCAGUGUUUGAGAUGCCUUUCCCGAGGACUGUGUAUCGUUUAGACCACAACUUCUGGUGUGAGCAGCUUACCUAACGUCAGACGCGUACAGCUCAGUGCACUCAAACAUCAACGGGACCCAUAUAGAUUAGCGUCAACAACAGGUUAGCGACAACAACAACCAUAUGAAUACGUCAUGUUUUGUGGUUUGUGGACUGCCAUUGUACCAAGAAGAAACCGUACUGAUGGACACGUUAGCUGCCCACUUUAAACAACCUGCCAACGGAGGCGUAAACGUUUUGAAUAUGAUGAGAGGAUACCCUGGAACGAUGCUAGUAUUGAUUUCAGACGACGGAGACGAGAGAAAGUGGAUGUUCGAAAA